AUGUCUGCUCUACUGUCUUUUGAUAAAGUAAAGACCCACUCUCAUGAGCUUACUUUAGCUAACAAUCUGAAGAUUGCUCUCGCUAUUCAAUUUGCCACUAAGGACUUUAAAUUCAAGAUCAACGAAGAUGAAUCAACACCAAAACUCUCUAUUGGUGAUUCUUUCAAUUUGAUUGAUACUAACUCUAUCUUGAGAUACGCUAUGAAUGAUUUUGAAGGUCAAGAUUCUGAACAAUACCAAUUCGCUUUAUGCACCUUACAACCUCAAUUAUACAAGUCUACGGACUCUGCUGAAGCUGUCACCAAGGCUGCCACCUUUUUACAAGAUUUAUCGACUCCUUCGGCUUCACAAUUGAUUAUCUUAGCUAAUUCUUACGCUUUGAAAUCAGAAAUUAUCAAACCUUUAUUAACUGAAAAAAUCUUUAAGGCCGUCACUGAAGCUUUAAAACUUACUCCACGUUCUUCAUCCUCCUUCAAACAUACCGGGCGCGUCAACGUUCAGUCCGGUCUAGAAGUUAACCCAAAUCCAUCUGAAAUCGUACCAAAGGCUGGUGAAAGAAAUGUUCUAAUUACAUCCGCUUUACCGUAUGUUAAUAACGUCCCUCAUUUAGGUAAUAUCGUCGGUAGUGUCUUAUCCGCAGAUAUUUUUGCUCGUUAUUGUAAGUCUCGUAACUAUAACACUUUGUUCAUCUGUGGUACAGAUGAAUACGGUACCGCUACAGAAACUAAAGCUUUAGAAGAGAAAGUCACUCCUCGUGAAUUAUGCGAUAAGUACCACAAGAUUCACGCUGACGUCUACGAAUGGUUUCAAAUUGGUUUUGAUUACUUUGGUAGAACAACUACAGAAAAACAAACCGAGAUUGCCCAAAAUAUUUUCAACAAAUUGAAUGAAAACGGUUAUUUAGAAGAACAAUCUAUGAAACAAUUAUACUGUCCUGUCCAUAACUCUUAUUUGGCUGAUAGGUACGUCGAAGGUGAAUGUCCAAAAUGUCAUUACGAAGAUGCCAGGGGUGAUCAAUGUGAUAAAUGUGGUAACUUGUUAGAUCCAUUCGAAUUGAUUAAUCCACGUUGUAAACUAGAUAAUGCUACUCCAGUUCCAAAAUUCUCCGACCACAUUUUCUUAUCCUUAGAUAAAUUAGAACCACAAAUUAAUGAAUGGUACAAGAAAGCAUCCGAAGAAGGUGGAUGGUCCAAGAAUUCCAAGACUAUCACCCAAUCUUGGUUGAAAGACGGUUUAAAACCACGUUGUAUCACAAGAGAUUUAGUUUGGGGUACUCCAGUUCCAUUAGAAAAGUACAAGGACAAAGUUCUUUAUGUUUGGUUCGAUGCUACCAUUGGCUACGUUUCUAUAACGGCUAACUACACUGAUAAAUGGGCUGAAUGGUGGAAGGACCCAGAAAAUGUUAAAUUAUACCAAUUCAUGGGUAAGGAUAAUGUCCCAUUCCAUACCGUUGUCUUCCCAGGUACUGAAUUAGGUACUAAAGAUAAGUGGACCAUGUUACAUCAUUUAAAUACUACCGAAUAUUUACAAUAUGAAGGUGGUAAAUUCUCCAAGAGUAGAGGUGUUGGUGUCUUUGGUAACAACGCUCAAGAAUCGGGUGUUUCUUCAAGUGUCUGGAGAUAUUAUUUAGCUUCUGUCAGACCAGAAUCUAGUGAUGCACAUUUCUCAUGGGAUGAUUUUGUUGCUAGAAACAACAGCGAAUUAUUAGCCAAUUUAGGUAACUUCGUUAACAGAUUAGUUAAAUUCGUUAAUUCGAAAUACAACAGUGUUGUUCCAAAAUAUGAUCCAAAAAAUAUCUCAAAUUAUGAUGAAUUAAAGAAGGAUAUCGAAACCAUCUUAUCAAACUAUGUUAACGAAAUGGAACAAGGUCACGAAAGACGUGGUUUAGAAAUUGCUAUGUCCCUAAGUGCUCGUGGUAACCAAUUCCUACAAGAAAACAAAUUAGAUAACAACCUGUUCUCUAACAGCCCAGAAAAAUCUGAUGCUGUUGUGGGUGUCGGUUUGAAUAUUAUUUAUGCUGUCGCCUCUGUAAUUGGACCAUACAUUCCAGAAACUGCAGAAAAGAUUUACAAGAUUUUGAAUGCUCCAGCUCUAAGAAUUGACAACGAAUUUCACUUAGCCAUCCUUGGUGGACAUAAUAUCAACAAGGCUGAAUACUUAUUCCAUCGUAUUGAUGAAAAACAAAUUGACGUAUGGAGAGCUAAAUACGGUGGUAAACAAGUUUGA